ACAAAUUAUAUCAUAAUACUAUAUAUUAGAACAUGUAAUUUAUCUUAGUUACUUCAACACAAUCUCAUAAUUUAAGGAGAGUUGAGUAAUCUUGAUGGUAUAUUACACUUAAAAAAAAUACCCUUUUAACAAAAGAAAAAGAAUACUACAUUUGGUGGAAACACAACAGUUAAUGUUUGUACCCUAAAAAACAAAAAAAAAAAAAAAGUUUAACCUUUGCCCAACAUGGUUGAAAAAAAAGUAAAAAAGUGAGGUAAGACUAAUAAGGGCAGACAACAAUUAUUCAAAGCAAGAAAAGUUUUAAAAAAUCACAUAAUUGUGUGCGUGUGCCAUACUAUAUGACAUAAUAAUCAUCUAAUAGUCAAAUAAAAACACCAUAACUUUUUUUAUCCCUUAAGUUGAAAUAUUCUGACAAUAUUAUAGGGAUCCUGUUCUGUAUAUACUAUAAUAUAUUUUGUUGCAUGGAUUUUCACAAGGUUAAUUACAAGGCAUUUAUAUAUACAUGUUUUUCAACAAUAAGUGCAAUAUUGCAGUUCAAAUUUCUAAGCUGUGACCUUAUGAAGGCUACUCUCAAGUAUUUAGCAGGCAUUGCUGGUUCAAGUGGUUAUGGUUCUAAAACAACUGCAGAACAAGUCACUCAAGUUUGUUCUGUUUCUUUCUCUUCUCAGCUUACUGCUAUUAUCACUGGUGCAACAUCUGGGAUUGGAGCAGAAACAGCAAGGAUAUUGGCAAAGAGGGGUGUAAGAUUAGUUAUUCCAGCAAGGGAUUUGAAGAAGGCAGCCAUACUAAAGGAAGCCAUAAAAAAACAGAGUCCUUGGGCUGACAUUAUUUUAUUAGAGAUAGAUUUGAGUUCAUUUGCUUCUAUUCAAAGAUUUUGUGCCCAAUUCUUGUCUUUAGGACUGCCUCUUCACAUUCUUAUAAAUAAUGCAGGCAAAUUCUCACAGAAGUUAGAGUUCUCUGAAGACAAAUUUGAGCUCUCAUUUGCAACAAACUACUUAGGUCAUUUUUUAUUGACAGAGAUGCUGCUAGAUAAGAUGGUAGAGACAGCAGAACAGACAGGGAUUGAAGGAAGGAUUGUAAAUGUUAGUUCUGUAGUUCACAACUGGGUAAAAAGAGAUAAGUUUUGCUUCAGCCAAAUGCUUAAUCCUAAAAAAUAUAAUGGUACUCGAGCAUACGCUCAGUCGAAAUUGGCCAACAUUUUACAUGCCAAGGAAUUGUCAAGACAGCUAAAGGCAAGAAAUGCACAUGUAGCUAUCAAUGCUGUACAUCCAGGCAUUGUGAAGACAGGAAUAACAAGGGAUCAUAAGGGCUUUAUCACAGAUUCUCUCUAUUUUAUGGCAUCAAAGCUUCUAAAGUCAACAUCACAGGGUGCAGCAAGUACAUGUUAUGUUGCACUGAAUCCACAAACAAGGGGAAUAAAUGGGAAAUACUUUGCCGAUUGCAAUGAAUGUCACUGCUCAGCUUUAGCUAAUGAUGAAAUUGAAGCUCAUAAACUAUGGAAGCACACUCGUGCUCUAAUUCAUCGAAGAUUUUUUCAAGAGAGAGAAAGAGACCUGUAAAUAUGCACUCUGUUCCAACAUAAUUUGAAUCAAUGAGAAGUUUUGAAUAUAAAAAUGUGAUUGGAAACAAUGUCACGUAAAAUGAAACGGUUGCAGUACUUACUAGUAAAUGCAGAAAAUUCCCUUCUUUUUCGAUGGCCCCAGACAAAUUAUUAUGGACUAUAACAUGCUUUCCCUUUUCUCUUA